UCUCUCUCCCCCGCCUCCUUCCAUAGGUAGUCUAUAAUGAGUGUCCAUUGGUUUUUAUUACGACUUGUCCCCCUCCCACUGGCCGGCUUCGCCCUGCCCAUGUUUUCUAUGUCUCAGUCCGUCCAUCUCCUGACGUUCAAGUUCGAAGGAACGUCACGUCCGCACUUGAACUUGCAGCUCAGGGGGGUAUCGCCGUACCCCCAUCACUCUCUCUUUGCGAAAAAGUCAUGAAGAGGUCCGCACAGCCCGAAACGCGCGACGCCUCACCCUCUGUAUGAUCUGCACUUCAUUUUUUUUCUUCUUUUUCCUAUUUGGACGUCAGACGCAUCAAUGAAGAAAUUUCAUUUGGAGUCUACCUUGUAGGAACGGAUUUCCCAAUGUGAACUCAGCUGAAAAGCCGCCACUAAACCAACAUGUCUCGCCGCAAGCAAGGCAAACCCCAGCACUUGAGCAAACGGGAGUUUUCGUCUGAGCCGCUGUCAGGUGUUUUACCAGGAGAAAACUGCCAGGACUCCCCCAGGCUGGGAGAGGCUCAGGGUGAGCACCUCAAAGGGGACCAGGACCUGCUGACCUGCGGCCAGUGCCACUCCCGCUUCCCCCUGGCUGACAUCCUGCUUUUCAUUGAACACAAACGGAGGCAGUGCCACGGGAGCCUCUGUAUGGACAAACCUCUGGACAGGCCACCGUCCUCCCCGCUCGCCUCUCCCCUGUCCACGUCCUCCUCGCACUCGCGGACCCAACAUCAGCACCCGCGGAGGUCGUGUCACCCCGUGGAGGUGGCCGUUCAGGUGUCGCCGCGCGAUGAGGAUUGUUUAUCUGCACCCUUGCAAGGAAUAAUCCCCAAGCAGGAGAAUAUCACAGAUAAAGAUGAGCCCAGCAGUUACACAUGCACCACCUGUAAGCAGCCCUUCACCAGUGCCUGGUUUCUGCUCCAGCAUGCCCAGAACACCCACGGCUUCCGCAUCUAUCUGGAGAGCGAACCUGGCAGCCCCCUCACCCCCCGUGUGGCUGCGGCUCCUGGGAUGGGGGGUGACUGUGCCUCUUCCCAGCCUCCCAUCCAUGCCGUCCACUUGGCUGAUGGCAGUCCUUACAGCCUCCUGAGGAUGCCGGGCUCUGGGUCUGGCCGGGAUUCAGCGUCUACACCUCGUGAGAGCCGUUACCUCCGAACCCCACCGCUGUUCAGCCCGCCACCACGCCACCACCUGAGCCCUGAUGACCUGGCACUGGCAACCCACCAUCCCAGCGCCUUUGACAGGGUGAUGAGGCUCAACUCAGUGCCACUAGAAGCCCCUCCAAUGGACUUUUCUAGACGUCUACGCGAGCUGGCUGGGAAUGCCACUGGGUCUUCCCCACCUCUCUCCCCUAACAGGCCCAGCCCUAUGCAACGGCUGCUGCAGCCAUUUCAGCCAGGUUCAAAGCCUCCAUUUUCAGCUACGCCUCCCCUCUCCACCUCUCAGUCACCUUCUGGCUUACGCACCACCCCCAAUCCCGCAUCCAAUGCGGCCCAACCGGGCACACCUCUCAAGGCAAAGUCUUGUGAAUUCUGCGGGAAGACCUUCAAGUUCCAGAGCAACCUAAUCGUUCACCGGCGGAGCCACACAGGGGAAAAGCCAUUCAAGUGUCACCUCUGUAACCAUGCCUGCACCCAGGCCAGCAAACUGAAACGACACAUGAAGACGCACUGUCAGAGCAAGUCUUUGGUGCUUAAUGCCAAGUCAGAUGACGGCCUCUCGACUGCAAGCUCUCCCGAACCUGGUACCAGUGAUCUGAUGGGCAGUGCCACAGAUGCUCUCAAGUCAGUGGUGGCCAAGUUCAAAAGCGAGAACAAUGGCCUGAUGCCUGAAAAUGGAGAAGAGGAAGAGGAGGAGGAGGAGGAAGAGGAGGAAGAAGAGGAGGAGGAAGAAGAGGAAGAAGAAGAGGAAGAGGGGGAGGAGGAGGAGGAGGAGGAGGAGGAGGAAAUUGAGACUAAGCCUGAAGUCGAAGAAGAAGACGAGGGUAAGAAUGACUAUCGUUUCAGCCUGCGGCUAGAAGGGGCCCGCUACCACAAGAACAGUGACGCUCUGCACCCACACCGCCGGAGCUUGUCCAGGGAGCCUGGUGACGAGGACUCGGCCCUGGAGUCAGACCGAGCAGAUGAUGGAACCACCACUACCAUCAAUGGCCUGGGACCUCUAUCCACUGACAGCCUGUCCAGGAAGCUGCUGAGUGGAGGGGUCAGCCCUGGUUCCCUCAGUCCCCUGUCCAAGCGCAUCAAGGUGGAGAAGGACCUUGACCCCCCCACGGCCACUAUCCCAAACACGGAGAACGUCUACUCCCAGUGGCUAGCUGGCUACGCUGCCUCACGUCAACUCAAGGACCCCUUCAUCAACUUCACAGGUGGGGACUCUAGACAAUCGCCCUUCGCCUCGUCAUCUGAGCACUCGUCAGAAAACGGCAGCUUGCGCUUCUCCACUCCGCCUGGCGAGCUGGACGGGGAACGGGCUUCAGGACGCAGCGGCACCGGCAGCGGGGCCAGCACUCCCCACGGGAAUGGCAGGCCGAGCUCCAAGGAUGGCCGACGCAGUGACACCUGUGAGUAUUGUGGCAAGGUGUUCAAGAACUGCAGCAACUUGACAGUGCACAGACGCAGUCACACUGGAGAGCGGCCCUACAAGUGUGAGCUGUGCAGCUAUGCGUGCGCCCAGAGCUCAAAGCUCACCCGCCACAUGAAGACCCACGGACAGAUGGGCAAGGACGUGUACAAAUGUGAAAUCUGCCACAUGCCUUUUAGUGUAUACAGCACUCUGGAGAAACACAUGAAGAAGUGGCACAGCGACCGCCCUCUGGCUAAUGACAUUAAGACUGAGUAGGCAAAGAGCAGCAUGCUGGCAGCUCUCUCUCAGCUCCCCUGGCUAAAAAGCAACCCUGGCUAACUAGCCAAUAAGUGAGGGAAAAGGACAACAGGGUUAGACACCAGUACACGGUACAGCCCUGUUAUCAUCCCUGACUGGAAAAAGCUGAAUGCAUGAUCCAUCAUUGGGGCAAUACUAUUGCAUCAAACGCAAAACUUUUUGAGCCUUUCUAUUGUGCAAUAAUUUACACGUUUUGUAUUUUUUGUAACUGGACAGCAUGCUCAGUGUGUUUUGGCUACUUAGAGAGAAAAAUGUCCUUGGCUGGUGGGUUUGGUUGUACAUGUAUUGCUGUUGAUACUUUCGAUUUCUUCAACAUAAAAAAAGUUAGUUAUGAGAACCCAUGCUGCAUACAGUACAUACUGUUUUACAUAUCAUGUACAGUUUUGUGUUCAAACAUAGUGGACAGUGUCAUAUUAUCAAAACAUCAAGACAAGCAGGGUCACACUUAAAACUGAUCUUUGUGAAAGAUUUUCCAUGCAAGAUUGAGAUAAGAUAUAUAUAUAUAUACAUAUAUAUGUAUAUGUAUAUAUAUAUAAAAAUUGGGCUGCCUAUGAAAUGGCACGAACGCCAUUAAAUAUUUCUUUGACAAACAGCAAUGAAAUUAACAAUAUGGUGUGAAAUGACAACAAAGAGUGCCUUGGAUAUUUUACCUGCAUUAGUUAAUCCUCCUUUUUUGCUAUAAGCUCGGAGUUUCAGCUAUAGAAGAUUACAGGACAUUUUUGUGCACAUAUGAAAUAAACAGGUCCUUGCAUCAAGCACCUGUACAACCCUGUCGUUUUAUGACUUAGCAGAGCAUAAGGAACCAGCUGAAACAAAAAUGAAAAGAAAAAAAAAGAUUAUGUGUACCUCUGGUAAAUCAUUUAUCUGCCUGACUCAUGUAUAUUGUUAUUCUCCAGAUUAUGAUUCUGUUUACUGGCAUGUUACAUGCUAAAAAGGAGUAGGUAUAUAGAGUUUUGGUUUAGGUGUUUAUGUUUUCUGGUACAUGUGUACCAUACUGAGAGGAUAGUCUGACAAGUUGUUUUAACCAACGUAAAGCUCUUAAUUUUCCAGAGUGUUUAUUUUCUUUGAAAAUUAAGAAUUGCAGUUUUUUUUUUUGUAAGUAGCACAGAAUUAUGUUUCGUCUGUGUCAGCCAGGCAGCAGUGUAGCCAGCAGCCGCUUGGAGACCACACAGUGGGUUUUAGUUGUUCUAAGCCAGACAGAUUUUGGGUGAGGGUGGGGUUAUUUGGGUGGGUGUCGGAGGGUAAGGGUAACGUGGUUCGGGGAGUGGGUUGACCAGGUGUCUCUACAAUUCAAAUGUUUAUGUCCUUGUAGCGCUUGUUCUCUUUACCGCAUUAGAUCUAAGAAACCCUUAAGUAAUCUGAAAUACUUUCUUAUUAACUCAUUGGAAACGAUCUUAAACGGAAAUCCGAAUCUAAAGUCAAGAAUCACAAUUUAGAAAAAAAAUCAACAAAUUACCCCUUCCACACAAGUUUUUAAGAAUCACAUUUUUUACGUUUUGUGUUCUUUUCAGUUAACUUGCUCUAGACCUUAUUGUGGUAGUUGUAUUUUUAUUUUUUUUAUCUCCAUCCCAUCAUUGUUGAAAAUAUAGCACUUGUCACUCUGCCUUGGAUUCUGUAUCUGUCUUUCUAAUCGGAGGUACAGUCGGUUGAGUAUAAAAACGAGAACCGGAUUUCCGAUCUGGGACUACCUACGUGCACUGUUCAAUUUUCCCAGUUUACAGUCGGACACUCAAGGGAAAACUUGCUCUUAUGCUGACAGAUUAGUGUGGUGUCAUUGCUUUGCAUUAACAAAAAAUAAAAAAGAAAGAACAAAAAAAAGAGUUGAACUAGAAACUGUUGCCAGCCAUGUCUCCUCCAGAGCUAAACAUCAGUUUGGCUCUUGGGGGUAAUAAUGCAGGAACCGCCAUAGAAAUAUCCUGCUUCAUACCAACUAUAGAAAUAUACUGCUCAGUACAUAAAUCUACAAAUUUGAUUUAAAAAGAUAAGUAAAUUGUGUUGUUGAGUUUUUAAAGUAACACUUCAAUAUCUUUAGGGGAGAACCUUAUUUAAAUUUUGUUUUCUUUUUUUUUUUUUUGGUUUAUUGUUGUUUCUCUUUUCUGUCUUGGUGACAUCCGAGACUUGAUCACUAUGUAAUGAAUUGUAAUGAACGUGUCUCUCAUCUUUUUUGCCUUUACUAUACACAAGUCUUCAGGUUGAACAAAAAUGUGCAUUGGAGGAGAGAUUUAUGAUAUAUAAAUAUAUAGAGAGAACUUAAAACACAUAGGAAAAUGCGCACUCAUGUAAGUUCCUAUGUUCAAAACACAUUUAUGGUCUACUUUUUUCCUGUAUUUAGAAUGGUAUUUGAAAUUAAUGUUCACUUAGUGUAGGCACUUAUAGUAUUUAUGUUGGAGCCUGUAUUUUUAACUGUUUUGCCUGUACUCUUUAAAGGUUUCAAUGUACUCUUUUUUUCUGUAGUGAAAAAAAUCCCAACAAGCUGCCACCGUAUAUUUUCUUAAUUUGGCAGGAUAAUAUAGUGUGAAUAAUUUGUAUGCUUGAAAAUAAGUAUGUUUUUGAAAAAUAAAUUGUGGAGUUCCCCAAGGGUGAGAGGUCAUGUAAUGGCCUUUUCAGGCAGUCCCGCUGGAGUGACCACAAUGAGGUAAAAAAACAGGUGGUUGUACAUACCUUUUUAGUUUAUUUUAUAUAUUUUUCUCUCCUGCCAUUUUAUAUGCAGUAAUACAAGCUAUUGUUGGGUUUUCUCGGUAGCCAACUUUUUACUGUCCUUGAACAUGUACCACCUGAUAACAUUCCAGCCGUUUUUGAAAAAGACCUUUUGUCAUAUGCAAUCAAUCCAACAUUAAUCUGAAAAGCAUGUUUUUUUGCUACAGUUUCUUUGUUAUUUUGGAUUUUGUUUUUUUCAUUGCCAAAAGAACCAUGGUGCUUUAUAAUUUAAAUAUGGUACAUUUCAUAUGCAAGGCAUAUUCUAAAUAUAACAGAAAUCAGAAAGAAAAAAAGUUUGGUACAUGUUAUCAUUGGUGAUGGUAUUGAGGUACAUUUGGGUUUUCAGCCUGAUUUCAUCUUGUGUUCUGUAUUUACUCUCAAGCUAUUUGUUCUGAACUGAACUUGAAGUUGACCUACGGCAUUGGUCGACAUUAUUUAUUAUGGCUACACACACACACACACACACACACACACACACACACACACACACACACACACACACACACACACACACACACACACACACACACACACACAUGCUCUGUUCAGAACGGAGUCACUGCAAAACACAUCAGUUCAUUUUUCUCCCUCCUGAUGAAUUGUGAUGGCUUAAUUCCUCUGUUUGAUGACCAAAGGUCAUUGACCAACUUUCAUGAGUUCUUGCUCGACUUACAGAUUUUGUUGUUGUUAUUUUUCAGUUAUACGGAGAUGCCACUCUAUUUUCAGCUGUUGUCUGCAUUAUUCUCUUCACUCAGCCAUUUUGUCUUGAUAAAAAUAAAAAGUAUUACAUACAUAUCUGAA